AAUGCCAAUGUAAUACUUCCGGUGUUGAAAGCUGUGAAGAUCAAAAAUGUCAAAAUUGGUUGCUGAAAUCAAAGACAUUUUGAGCGUACAUUUGGUCACCAAUGUACUACUUUCUGUAUCGUAUUACCUUCUGAAGACAAAUCGUCCAAUAUGUGAAUACCUUUUUGAUGACUGCUUCUUAGAAUUGAAAGAGUGGGAAUGGCUGACUUUUCUAGGCUGUAUUAUUGUGAUAAAAUGCCGUAAACAUGCCGCAUUCUUGGAUUAUGUGAAUACAGCAUGCAUGUUUGCAAAAUUUUUGAAUGGUGUUAUGAUGUUCCGGGCAAGUCCUAUCUAUGGUCUGGUGUAUUUUCUUGUGGUUUUAUUACAUACAAUUGUUCUCCCUAGACCUGUUUACCAAGGUCCUGAAUAUAUCACUUAUUUUAGAGGACCUCAUUUACAGGAGGAGUUAGAAAGAGACAAAAGAAUUACCUGGAUUAUUUCAUUCUAUGCUGCCUGGUCACCACAGUGUGUUACAUUUGCUCCAAUUUUCUCUGAAAUUUCAUCUCAAUAUCAUCUAGACAACCUAAAAUUUGGUAAAAUUGAUGUGUCCAGGUAUCCAGAUGUAGGAAAAGCAUUCAAUAUUGACAGUAGCUCCUGGUCAAAGCAGCUGCCCACUGUUAUUGUUUUUGAGAAUGGAAAAGAGACAAACAGAAAGCCAUUCAUUUCACCAAAGGGCACAGUCCUGCGUUACAAAUUCUCAAAGGAUGCAGUGAUUGCAGAUUUUGAUCUCAAUAACAUCUACCAAAGGUGUAAACAAAAUCCUUUAAAAGGCUACAAAGACAAAACUGACAAAGAUGCUGCCAAAGAAAAGAAAGAAAACUGAGGCCAAAAUAAUUUCCAAGUCGUGCAAUGAAAAAAGAGACAAAGAAUGGAGUGCAAUGUUAAAUCUUCUCUAUGCCAAGUCUGCAAAAGUACCUGUUCAACAGGCAAUACAUAAAAUAUUCUGUGUUUUAUGAUAUGUUAAACAGGAUUUUUAUAUAGUCUUGGGUUUGGGUUAAAUGUUUGAAGAGGAUUGGAUACAAAACUUGAUUAUUAAAAUUAGACUUGUUCUGAGGCUUUCAAGGUCAAGAAGUGAAAGAUGUGGAUGAAUCUCUUCUUUUUGUUCAGAUUACAUGGAAAUAAAGUCAUUUUUUACAUUUUUAAA